AGUAGUUAUAAUAACAACCACAACAACAAUACUACUAAUAAUAAUAAUAAUAAUUUGAUCCAAUGGAAUUUCUAUUUUUUCUUGUGUUGUAUUUAUUGCAGGUUUCCACACAUGCACAAGUCUGUAAGUCUUAUUUUCAGCUCGUCAAACUCCACAAAUGUUCCUUUACAAAUUACGUUCAGUUGGAUUAUUCGUGUCAUACACUGGUAUAUUAGGACGUUAUUGAAUCUGUACUCUAUAAAAAGUAAAUAUUCUGGAUGUAGUACUGCCCUUUGGCCACUGGUCGGCACUCUACGGCGUUUUUAAAUAAAGUUGUCUCGAUUCAAAAAACAUGGCGGUCUGUUGUGUGGUCUCAUGUGGAUGAUGAAGACGUAAACUCUUCUGAUAUUGUGGCUUUAAAGUGAUUUUUGCUGCGUUCAAACUCAGACAUGGCCACUCCAAGAAAGCAAAGUAAAAAGGAAACUAAAAAGUACAUUCCAACUAAGACGUCUCUCACCUCACCCUUCACCCCGACAUGGAGCCCACUCCCCCAGGAAGACAUGCAGUUCAUCCUGAAAACACUGAAGGACAAGCUGACCUCCAUGGGUCUUGAGAAGAAGGAGGUGAAAUUUUUCCAGCCAUGGAGGAAAAAGAAGGAGCAGAAAGUUGCUGCUGUCAUGACAGAACCUGCUGUCCAGGCACAGGAUGCUCCCAAAAACGGCUGGACGGAUGUGGCAGCCAGACGACAGCUAGCUAUUGGCAUCAACGAAGUCACCAAGGCUCUGGAGAGAAAUGAGCUCAAGCUGGUGCUGGUGUGCAAGUCUGUAAAACCCAGUCACAUGACAAGUCACCUGAUUCCGCUGAGUGCAACGAGGGGAGUGCCGGCGUGCCAGGUGCCUCGUCUGAGUUUGAGCGUGUCUGAGCCACUGGGGCUGAAAAGUGUCCUCGCACUGGGAUUCAGACAGUGUCCCUCCAGUGGUGAGGAGGUCUUCAAUGACACUGUUGAUGCCAUUAUGCCCAGAGUGCCUCCACUCAAUGUUGCAUGGCUACCUGUUAAAGCACCCACUCUCAAACCUGAGGGUCCUGAAGACACCGAGGAGACAGAGACUGGAGACAAGAGAGGACUGAAAAGGAAGAUGGAGAGUGAAGGUGAGGAGGUCACAGUGUCUCCCUCCUCCUGCUCUCUGCUGCCUCUCACAGUGAAGAGAAUAGUUCCCAACCCUGCAAAGCAAAGAAAAAGUAAAGUUAAGAAGAAAUAGCCCUUAUAUUUAAAGAGAAAACCUGUGUAGAUACUAAAUGGACCAUUCCUGUGUUUCUGCACGUUUUACUUUGUGGCUUGUGACCACUUUUAGACAUGGUCAUAGUUUAGGGUAAAAAUGUGAAAGAGGUUUGUCUGACAUUUCAAGCAGUCAUUAGUUAAUUAUCAUUCAGCAUAUUUUGCAGAGUAGCCCAUGACGGCUUGAAAUUUGAUUUUGAGCUUAUGAAGCUUUUACUCGUCUUUGGUUUUUUACCUCACGGUUGAACAACCCAUGAAAAAUGUCUCAGUGGGAUCUGAGAAAUUUUGUUGCACAUAUUUAUUUAACUGACAAAAAUAUCAGAUUAAUCGAUAAUGAAAAUAUUUGUUACCUGCCUUUUUAUUGCAUGAAAAUGAAACUGGCUUUUUUUUUUUUACUUGAGCUCAAAAAGGAGCAGACAUGUAUCUAAGCCAAAUUACUAUUGGCUGGGUACGGGAUCAACAUGGUUAGGUCUUAAAUUUUGUUCAUAAUUCACCAUAAUAUACUCAGAGGAAGCAAUUAUUGGAUGGAAACGUGGGGAAUUCUGAUCGUAGUCACACUGUGUAGACAUGUUUAUAUGCCUUAAAAUAGAUGACUGUCCUAUUGGAUAUGGGAACAUUCUACUACAUAAUGUAAACACCAUGAUCUAAAUAAUGUCUUAUUUGGAUAAAGUCAGUAUUUACAUUAUUGUAUCCAUGUUUAUUUGGUGUGAGAAGAUUUGACUUACUUGUGCUCUACAGUUGUUUGUGGUUGAAGUUUACAAUAAAGACACAAGAAUGAACCACA